UUAAAGAUGGAGCUCCGGUCGCUCCUCCCGGCUCUGCUGCUCCUCUCCGCCGCCUGCCUGCUAUCGGUGUCCGGCGCGGCUUCACGGACGGGACCGAAAGUCACCGAGAAGGUGUUUUUUGACAUCACAGUAGCGGGUCACGAGGUGGGGCGCAUCGUCAUCGGCCUUUUUGGGGAGGUCGUCCCACUAACUGUCAAUAACUUUGUCGCCCUGGCAACCGGAGAGAAAGGUUACGGCUACAAGGGGACAAAGUUUCACCGAGUCAUUAAGGACUUCAUGAUCCAGGGAGGAGACUUCACAGCGGGAGACGGGACUGGAGGUCACAGCAUCUACGGAACGACUUUUGCAGAUGAAAACUUCAAACUGAAGCAUUUGGGAGCGGGCUGGGUGAGCAUGGCGAACGCCGGUCCGGACACCAACGGAUCGCAGUUCUUCAUCCUGGCGGUCAAAGCGCCGUGGCUGGACGGGAAACGUGUUUUUGGAAAAGUUUUGGACGGGAUGUCUGUGUUUCACACCAUCGAGCUGCAGGACACCAACGACAGGAACCUGCCGUACACCGAGUGUGUGAUCGUCAACAGCGGCAGGAUCCCCGUCAAAGAGCCGUUCGUGGUGGAGGUGGAGGGCUGGUAGACGCGGCCGUCAGAGGGUUAACUGUGAAACAAAAACACUGUGUGAUUAUUACUAUUGUUAUUAUACGCUGGUGAGCAAUCAGAAGUCCGGUUUGCCAAAUUCACAUUCUUCUAUUAUCACGUGCCAACACUAACGUGCCAAAGGAUGCUAGUAUUUAAAGGAGGAGAAAUGUUUGAUACGAUACACAGCUUUCUGUACUGAUACUGAAACUAAAUUUAAAUACUUUUAUGAAGUUUUCUUUUCUGUUCAACAAAUAACAAAUUCCUUAUACAAACGCAGCUGCACAAGAAGGAUCAGAAAGUUUUAUUUCAAUCUGGAAACAUUCGGUCAAAAAGUGAAAAAGACUAAAAAUCGGACUCAGCAGCUUUAAUAUUGUAUUAUGUUAAUUUUUGUCGCAUUUCAGUUGGUACCAAAAACAUAUCGGGAAUCAGUAUUUACUACCUUUUCUGAAAUAGUUCACCUGGUUAAAAUGAACAUGACUUCUGAUUGGUUUCUAUUGUAUGCAGAGAUAAUAUAUAAGUAAGAGAUCUUUUUAUGAACGUAU